AUGUCCAUAAAAGCUGCACUGAAAAGGCUAAGUAGGCUACCAUCAGCUCAAGAGAGGUUCAAUAUAUUUACAAGCAUUAGUCUCAAUGUCAACAAUGAGCUAGAAACUUCGUCCGGCCCUCUCAAAGGUCUUCUUUUUGGGAUUAAAGAUAAUAUAGUUACAAAGGACAUGCCCACCACUUGUGGUUCCAAGAUUCUCUUGGAUUAUAAGUCACCAUUCGAUGCUACGGUUGUUGAUCUUUUAAAGAAGGCUGGCGCUGUUGCUGUGGGAAAGACAAAUUUAGAUGAAUUUGGAAUGGGCUCUGGCGGCGUGCACUCCCAUUUCGGCCCAACUUUCAAUCCCCUUUAUAAAGAUGGUAACUUUAUUGCUGGUGGAUCAUCAUCUGGAUCAGCCGCCGCGGUUGCAGCUGAUGUCGUAGAUUUUUCAUUGGGAACUGAUACAGGUGGUUCAGUGAGAUUACCUGCAGCAUAUACUUCAAUCUUGGGAUUCAAGCCCUCUUAUGGUAGAAUUUCAAGGCAUGGAGUUGUUGCAUACGCGCAAAGCUUAGAUACCGUGGGAAUUAUGUCAAAAGAUCUUAAUGUUCUUCAACGAGUAUUUCGGGUGUUGGAUAAAUAUGAUCCCAAAGACCCCACCUCGUUGAAUAAUUCGCUACGCUCGGAGGCUUCCAAGCAUCUAGUACACCGAAAUACUUUGAAAAUUGGAGUACCAAUGGAAAUGAAUCAAGACGUUGUACCUUUUGAAAUUAGACAAGCUCUUUUGAAAGUAAUUGAAAGCCUGAUGGCAGCGGGUCACGAAAUUUUACCAGUUUCCCUUCCCAGUGUUAAGAAUGCAUUACCUAUUUAUUAUACAUUGGCACCAGCAGAAGCUGUUUCAAAUCUGGCACGGUAUGAUGGAAUUAGGUAUGGGUACAGAGACGAAAAACAGGAUAUAGAAGACGGCACGUUAUUUGUACCGACGAGAAGAAAUUUUGGCAGUGAAGUGCAAAAUCGGAUCGUACUCGGUAACUACAACUUAUGCUCGGGCUCCUUCAAAAACAAUUAUAUUAAAGCACAAAAAUUAAGAGUUGAGCUGAUAAAUCAAUUUGAUGAUGUUUUUAGGCUCCCGAAUAUUCUGACCGGUAAUGAGGGAAAUCCAAAUGGAGUGGACAUGCUUUUAUCACUUGCGUCAAUGAGUUUGCCUAUAUCUGUUCAAGAUUACAAGAGUAAGGACAUGAGGAACCCUUUGCAUUCCUAUAUAAACGAUAUUUUUACCAUGCCUAUGUCCCUUGCGGGCCUCCCCACUUUGACAAUCCCGGCUGGGAACAAUAUGAAGGGAAUUGGUGUGCAAUUAAGUGGCCAGUAUGGCAGCGAUCAGUCAAUUUUAAACGCAGCUAGAACUCUUGUAUAG